UUGGCAGCCAUUUUUAAACUGCUCACUUACUAUAAUAGAAUAGGAAGGAUGUGGACAAUGAAAAUUGCAUUGAGAUAGUAAUGUAAACGAAUGACACUAAAUGGCUUGUAAUUGUCCGUGAAGGAAUAAAGAGUUCGUAUUGCCCAGUGCGAGUUUCGUUUCGAGUGGACGGUACUCGAGCGAACGAACUCCAUUCCCGUGAAAUUGAUGAAAUGGUGAACUGUCAACACCUUGCCAAUCUCAGAAUAUGAUUUUAUUUCGUACAUUUGCCGAGAGUUGGGGCGGCUUUGCCUGAGGUUCGUCGGUGAAGAUCGCGGAUUACGCGACUGGUCAUCGAAGCGAACGGGCACCGGCAUGCAGCAAUGUCGGUUUUAACAUGCGAGAGGAGAACGAGUGCAAAGAUCGUGGCUCUCGAAUGCUAAGUUCCUAUAAUAAUGGCAGAUAAUGUACACAGGAAAUCGCAUAAACUGUCGGAUGGUAGUAGAAAGAUAUCUAACCCAGUGCAUCGUACAACUACGGAGACAAUUCGGUUAGGAGAGCCAGACAAACUACACCAGCCGGUUAGCUUGACCACUUCAAGCAACGUGACCAGUAGUAAUCAGUGUCGAAAAAAGACGUCGUCUUUUCAAAUUACAAGCGUUACAGUCGGUUGUCGUAUGAGCAACGAUGCCGGCGAAGACUCAAAUGACGAUUUGGAUGAAUCCCACACAGAAGAUAAUUCUGUGGAACAUUCGCGUAUUACCGACAUCGAUAUCGAGACGCCUAGUUAUUCGGAAGAUACUUUCUCUAAAGAGGACGUAUUUUUCAACACCAGUAAUGCUGCUCUCAGUACUGCUCCGGUGAUUCCUACCAGUUCACAAUAUGGACUGGCCAUUGUACCCUCAGAAGGAAAUAGUGUCAACAAUUCGGUCAACGAUAGCAAUAUCAACACUUUAGACAUUACAUCUGUCACAGACAACAAUAUUAUUAAUUUACUAUCGAGUAAUGCUAAGCAAGAUGCUGAUUUGCGAGAGGUACAUUCACAUGGGAGAAAUGAACGUUUUAAAGUAGUCAAAAUCGAAAGUACAGAGCCAUUCAAGAGAGGUAGAUGGACCUGCAUGGAUUAUUUGGAUCAUACGUCAGUGAAUCAACCAACAGCUAUUGGUACUCCAAAAGUAUCAGAUCCAAAUGAGGUGUGCAUAUCUUAUGGAAUAACAGACAGUGGAAUUGUAAUCCCAGAUGCAUCUAAACAAUCUGUCGUAUCUGACGAUAAGAGCAUUAGUCUUGACGCCAAUGGAACAGUCCCCUCUCAUCCUGAUGUGCAUUCAUCAAUUGGUGUACCGAACAAUCCUACAGUUACAAGUGCAAAUUAUGCAGUAAACAGUUCAAUUCCCCCUACUGUACAACAUAAUCCCACGCAAGUUCAGACGCAAGCAAAAGUUCAACCACCUUCGCAAAUUCCUCAAUAUUUUCAGUCAUCCGCGCAACAGCUAGCUUCUCAACCGCAAGGACAGGGAUCUACGUUGCCAUCUAAUUUACAACCCACACAUCCAAAUAAUUUGGGACAACCUCAGAGUAUGCCUCAAGGUUCUAUACCUAUUAUAACUCAAACUAGUAGUAAUAGUGUUCCCCCUCAACAAAAUAUGACUCAUUCUAAAGAAGAUCCAUAUUUGGGAGUGAGCACGCAAAAUCAAUCUUUACCCGGUCAAACUGUUUGUCCUUCAUCAGUGCAGCAAACUUCUGUUCCAACUUCUCAAGCUCCAAAUAUACUUGUUACUCAACAUCCACCGCAACAGCAGCAACAGCCACAACAAUCACAACAUCCGCCGCAGCAGCAACAACAGCAACAGCAGCAGCAACAACAAACACAACACCCUCCACAACAACAACAACAGCAACAACCUCAACAGCCAUUGCAAACACAGAAACCAAUGACUCAGAUUUCCGAGCCACUAACUGCCGUUCAAGGAAUGCAGGGCAUUCAAAGUAUACAUAAAGUUCCUCAAACAGGUACACAACAAUCUUCCUCGACUAUUCAUGCACCAGGACCGCCAGUACAGCCUCAAGUUAUACCAGCGGCACAGAUGCAAACACAAUCCUCUGGUAGCAAUACUCAAGUGCAAAUGGCUCAAGUGCCAGCUGCUUGUCAAAAUGUUGUGGCAGGAAUGCAGCAAGGGACUAUAGCAUUUCAUCAACCUGAUCCAGAGCAGGACUCUAUUUCAGGCAUUGUUACUACUACUGCGACACAAUCGGCUGAUGCUACUCUCUUGGAAUCAUUAACUGAAGUUACACAAGGAAGCGAUGAACAUCAUACCCUUGAAGAUAAUGAAAGUGUGUCGGGAACAAGUGCAGUAGCGAUUGAUAAUAAAAUUGAACAAGCUAUGGAUCUGGUAAAGAGUCAUUUGAUGUUUGCCGUACGAGAAGAAGUUGAGGUAUUAAAAGAAAAAAUAGCAGAACUUAUGGACCGUAUUAAUCAAUUGGAAGCUGAAAAUUCAAUCUUAAAAGCACAUGCUACUCCAGAAACAUUGGCUCAAUUAAGUCAAACAACUGCAAAAUUACCCCAGAACAGUUCAGGAAGUGGUCAAUAGUUUAUUGAUUAGGAAAUAUAUUUAAAACUGUACAUUGAAUUUUUCUUUCAAAAUGGUCAACCGUUUUGGAAAAACAUUGUUGCGAUCCUAGACACAAGCAAAGACGUAUAUGAAUGCAUGCCAGGACUAAACAGCAUACAUAACCAGAGUUGAUAUUGUUUUACGAUAGAAUUGAAGAUUUUGAACGUGUUAAAAGAAGAUAUUUAACGAUACGAAAUAGGCAGCUAGACAUCCUUAAUAUUAUUUUAAUAUUUGGCUAAUUUGGAUGAUCAAGUCAUUAACACAGUCAAUGUAAUAGUUUAAAAAGAAACUAAAUUUUGAGUGGUUUGGAUUAUUGUUAAGAUUUAAAUAUCGAAAUUAAAAAAUUACGUCGAUUAAAGCUGAAAUUAUGUCAAUAAAAUAAAAUUUUCAUUUGGUUUACAUCACACUUGAGGAUCUUGUAGUGUACCGUUCUGUAUUUUCUUAAAGAUUAUAAUGCCAAAAAGCAUUUGAAAGUAUUGUUCCUAUUACAUAUUUUAGUUAUCUAAUGAUUUUUACAUUGCAUUUUAUAAGGUAAAUCUUGGCACGACACAUUUUAAAUUUUAGUAUCAUGGAUGUCAAAUCGCAUAGUUUAUAUUUCGAUACUCGUGUCAUAGUCUCGUUUUUAAACUGAUAUGUAUUAUAUUUAACAACAAACAAGUGUCCAAGAAACUCUUAUGGUGUGCAUCUGAAAACUCGCAAUUUUCUGUCAUUUUAUGUUACAUCUUAUAUGAGCCUAAUAAAAAAAUUUUUUCAUUGUA